UUUUUUUGCUGCCAUUCAAGUUCGUGGGUCGAGAAUGGCGGACGCGGAGGUGCUGGAGUUGACGCCUACCAGCAACCCGUACCUGGAUUUCUACCGCAAAUUUGUGCGUGAACACCCAGGUGAACUUACAGCGGUUUUUGACCCGGAGCUGAGCGAUGAGGCUCGCUCCGAGAUGUAUGCGGCGCUGGACGUGAGCGUGGCGAUGAAAUAUUCGUGGGCGAUUCCAGAUGAGCGUGCGCUGCAGAUUAUCAAACACUAUGGACCGGUAAGCCCUGAUAUCACUUUUAAAUUUGAGGUAUGAGUUUAAUUGGCAUUCGUGUUGGUAGAUUGUGGAGAUGGGAGCUGGUAGCGGGUACUGGGCUCGCCUGUUGCAGCUUCGUAGCGUGGACGUUGUCGCCUAUGAUCUGCACGUUGCUGGAGAUGAGGGGGAGAAGGAAGAUGAAAGCGACGAGAAGGAGAGGGAGAAUGCUAAAAUUGCUGCUACGAGUGGAGAAGAAAGUCAUGGCGAUGCAGAGGAGGCACAGGGCAGUGGUGGCGAAGAAGCAGAUGAGGAGCCUGACGACGAGGAAGAAGUAGUUGAAGAGGAGAGCGGGGACGAAGAAGAGGUUGAAGUGGAGCAAGUCUACUGGACGGAGGUGCUCAAGGGAACGCCUAAGGACUUGCGCAAGCAUGCUGACCGAGCGUUAUUCUUGUGCUAUCCGGACGAUUUCGAGGACAGUCACGAGUCUAUGGCGAUGGCAAGCCUCUGCAAUUAUGCAGGCGAUACUGUGAUCCAUAUUGGAGAGUUAUUCGGCCAAACCGUAUGCCUUCCUGGCGCAUGGGGUCGAACAUCGUCGGAGGAAUUUCAAACUCACUUGGCAGCUGUGUAUCACAAGGUGCUGCAAGUGCCACUACCUUCAUGGCACUCUAGUAUUGACACGCUGACAGUGUGGAAGCGUACCAAAUCUUCCAUCACUGAUGGAGCGAUGUAUGCGUUUAUCCCGGAGGAUGAACGGAUCGAUCUGGCUGCUGCUUCCCCUUCCACUCGCCAUUUGCUACUUCUUGGGAAUACGAACACAGAAUCAACUACGACAACGACGUCGAAGAAGAGACGCAGGGGCAAGAACAAAGCUAAGCAGGCGGAGGAUGAUGAAGACAGUGAGCUGAGUGACAACGAUGAAAAGUCUGGAGGCUCCGCAAGUAAAGCGAAGAAGGGCAAGCAGGCGAAGGGGUCCUGAUAGACCCUAUUCAGUCAGCACCGAUGCACUGAUGCACCUAGAACUACAGUAGUGACGAUACAAAUAUAUCCCAGUUGGCCUCGAAAUA